AGAGAUGGAGAGGUAUAGAAAGCGGGAGAAAGAGAUAGAAAGGUGAAAAAAGAAAGAAAAGCGAGAAGGAGGACUAUGGUGAGGGAGUGAGUGGAGAAAAAGCAAGACUUAGAGGUGGGAUAGAGAGAUAGAGAGGAGAGAAAGAAAGAGAGGGGGAAGACAUGAAGCUAGAGGGAUAAAGAGAGAGAGCAAGAGAAAGAGGAGAAGACAGUGAGAGGAAGAAAGAGCAAGAAUUAGAGGUGGGAUAGAGAGAUAGAGAAAUAGAGGAAGAGAAGUGAGAAAGAAAGAUUAAGACAGAUAGUAAGAGAGCAAAAAAAAUGGAGCUGAGAUUUUAAGAGAGAUAGAGGAGGGGAGGAAGAAAAGAGUGAAAGGAAAAGAUGAUGGAAAAUAAGAUGGAGAGAGAGAGAUGGAGAGGGAUGAGAUGGAGGGGAACAAGUAAGAAACGAGGAGAGAUGAGAGAGGAAGAAAAAUGGAAGGAGAUAGCGAAGGGAAGUGGAGAGAGAGGAAAAGAGGGAAAAAUACGGAAUAGAAAGCGGACAUGGAGGAGAGAGGAGAAGAAGGGGUGGUCGUCAUGAUAUAGUGUAAGACGGUUUCCAGUGCUGUGAGAUUUCACCAUGUGGCUCUCACUGCUGGUCCUCCUGGCUCUCUGUGCCACGGGAAAAACAGAGGAAAACACGACACAGAGUCCAGCAGGAAAAGAAAAACUCAUCAUUGCCAGAGGAAAACUGAUCGCUCCCAGUGUGGUGGGAUGAUCCAUAAAGAAGAUGCCUGAGCUCUACAAGUUCCUCAUGGAGCGCUUGGCACUGUAUCAUAAUCUGGAGUAUGAUUCAGGAGACCACAAAAAGCCACGUCUUAUCUUCUACAAUGACAAGGAUGAGGAGGUGAAGAUUGUUCCAUUGAAGAAGAUGAAGGCAGAUGAGAUCUGUGAUCUUCUGGACUCUCUUGGUUUCUACAAGAGGUCACAGAAAGGCGAGGAAGUCCCUGAAGAAUUUAAGAACUUCCCCCUGAAGGCACCACGAGACGAACUUUGACCCCUGGUGGCCAACAGCUGUAACUGCACCAAGCAAAAUGACGCCUAGGACCUCAAGGCCUCACAAUCGGGCCAGGUUCUGGGCUGAGAUAGCUUUAGCUUGAUGCAGCAGCUGUUUGCAACUAAUCAGCUAAAUAUGAUGAAUUUCCUAAUAAAUGGUUUUGAAACCUUU